AUGGGAUCUUGUCGUCUUGUCAAAUCCGGAACGUUCUCGCCUAGCAGAGAGAGGGAAAGGAGGUACGCGGAACAUCGAAACCGCGAGCAUGAGUUGGAGAGGGCUCGAGCUCAUAGGCUAGGAAUCUUUGAGGCGAAUACUUACGUGAUACAGGCCGGCGGUCAUCGCGAUGACGGAGACGAAGAUCUUGGAGGUGAUGCAGAGAAUGAUGAUAGUGAAGACGAAGCGGAGGACAGCGGAGAUGACUACGAAUUGAUCGACGGCGAAUCCAACGGUGAAAACAUCUUCGACGAUCACGAUACAAAGACCGAAGACUUCUACGAUCUCGGGUCGUUCGAAUACAACUACGCCCUCGAUCAACUGCUAUGGCCUGGAGACGACAGUACGCUCGAGCGUCUGGCAGAGCUUUUCAAGAUCCCUUCUUUCCGAUUCCGUCAGAUCAUCAGUCAAGAGGGGCUCUUUGGCUUGAUCAACUGUCAUCAGGAUCUCACGACUUGCAUCCUUUACUCGUUGAAGCAAGGACGCGGUCAACAGUUCUCUAAACUCGAGACUAUUGUCGACUACUAUACCAGUCGAUGCUGGGCGGAGCAGGCGGGCGAUAGUGAAGAGGAUGGAAGGACGGAGAUCAUGGAGCAGGACGAAGAUGAAGGAGAAUGCUUGGAUAUUGAGGAGGACGAAGACGAGGGGGAGGAUCAUGGCGAGGAUCUCUGCGCCGAUAGGAUCUGGGAAAUGUUCGACGUCAUCGAUCCGGAGCUGGCCUGCGCCUGGGUGCUCUACAAUGAUACCCUCGUCAACGGUCAGUGUGGAUGGCACGUCCAGCUGGAAGACGGCGAGACGGUCUACGAGCCGUUUGAGCUAGAUAUUGAGUACCUGCCCGACUUCGCUCAGGGGUUCGCUCGGAGGCUCGAAACCGCUCUUCAGCAGCUCUGAGCGAUCUGAUCGAGAAUCUAUUCGAUCUUGUCGUACGCGAUCGGCGAUAGGG